GCCCUUUCCGGGCGUCAAUUAAGUGGCGGGAAAACCGGCUCCUGAGGCUGCAUCUUUCUGUCUCAGGCGUUUCCUCUUCGCGCCAGUCAGAAUGGAGAAGCAGCCGGGAAAGCAAGCGGCCACGGAGCCCGCGGACUCCGGAGCGGGAGGCGGGGAAGGCGAGCCACCACAGGUCGCCGGCGCCCAGGCGGCGCGUCCCGAGGACCGCUUGACCCUGCUGCUCAGGUUGAGAGCACAGACAAAACAACAACUCUUGGAAUAUAAAUCAAUGGUUGAUGCAACUGAAGAAAAGACUCCAGAACAAAUCUUGCAAGAUAAGCAAGUUGAAGCUAAAAUUGAAGACCUGGAAAAUGAAAUUGAAGAGGUGAAAAUUGCUUUUGAAAUGAAAAAGCUUGCAUUAGACAGGAUGCAACUUUCGACUGCACUUAAAAAAAACCUGGAGAAAAAUAAUCCCAGGACUAGCGUGCUCAUGGACAACAUGAAACACAUAUUAAAGCUAAACAAAUUAAUAAUGAAAUCACACCAGGAAUCUUGGGAUUUGGAGGAAAAACUACUUGAUGUUAGAAAGAAGAGAUUACAAUUAAAACAAGCUUCAGAAAGUAAGCUUUUAGAAAUACAGACUGAAAAGAACAAACAGAAAGAUGAUUUGGCUGUUAUGGAGAAUUCGGACAAGAUAAAGGCCAUACAACAAAACCUGCAGAUGGAGAUACAAAUUACUACAGUUAUUCAGCAUGUGUUUCAGAACCUUAUUUUAGGAAGUAAAGCCAAUUGGGCAGAGGAUCCUGCUUUUAAGGAAACUGUUCUACAGCUUGAGAAGAAUCUCACCAUGAUCUAAUAAGAAUUCUGAUUUGUCAUUUUUUGCUUUAAUCUUGAUAUGUCAUUUAAAUAGCAAAUUUCAAGUAAAAUUUUUAUUUAAUAAUCUCGGAA